CUUAAACACCAUGUCAUUCCGUGAGGGAGACAGCAGCAACUAGGCUGGAAGAUUUUUUUUCUUUCUUUCUUCCUUUCUUUCUUUUUUUAUUUUUUUAAUUUAUUUAUUUUUGAGGGGGCAGGGGGAGGAGAGAAGAGAAAAUUGAGGGAGACUGAGAGUAAGAAAGAAAGAAAGCAAAGCCGGUCUGCAGGAUUCCUGAGUUCCUAUAUAGCAGCUCUCCUCAUUCCCAGGACAGGACUUUUUAUGCCUCACAGAAUCUGGAUUGUGAUUUUAUUACAAGCAAGCUGAUUUUUUUUUUCAAAUCUUGUAAAGGAGAUUGUGCUGGGGGAGGUGGAUAAGAAAUAUUUCUCUACGUGGUUUCGCUUAUUUUAAAGCCUAGAUGUUUCCCUUUUUCCUUUGGAAUUAACGACUGGUAAAAAAAAAAAAAAAAAAGGCGAAAGAAGUCCCAAAACCUCAUCAGUCAUUAUUGCUGUGUGGAAUUGUGAUUUCAGAAGAAGAAGGGCCUGGGGCACUACACCCUGUCAACGAGUUUCCUGCAUCAGAGAUAACGAUUCCAGCUACAUGGGCAAACGCUUGGAACAGCAACCAAUGUACCCUCAGUACACUUACUACUACCCCCAUUAUCUCCAAACCAAGCAGUCCUAUGCGCCAGCUCCCCACCCCAUGGCUCCGCCCAGCCCCAGCACAAACAGCAGUAACAACAGCAGCAACAGCAUUGGGGAGCAGCUGAGCAAAACAAACCUGUACAUUCGAGGACUUCCGCCAUGCACCACGGAUCAGGACCUCAUUAAGCUGUGCCAACCGUAUGGAAAAAUUGUAUCGACAAAGGCAAUUCUUGACAAAAACACGAAUCAAUGCAAAGGAUAUGGAUUUGUAGAUUUUGACACUCCUGCUGCAGCACAGAAAGCAGUCUCAUCUUUGAAAGCUAGCGGAGUUCAAGCUCAGAUGGCAAAGCAACAAGAGCAAGACCCUACGAAUCUCUACAUCUCAAACUUGCCAAUCUCAAUGGACGAGCAGGAACUCGAGAACAUGCUGAAGCCAUUUGGCCAUGUCAUUUCGACCAGAAUAUUGAGAGAUGCCAGUGGGGUCAGUAGAGGAGUUGGGUUUGCCAGAAUGGAGUCUACGGAGAAAUGUGAAGUAGUAAUCCAACAUUUUAAUGGAAAGUAUUUGAAAACACCUCCAGGAGUACCAGCCCCAUCAGAGCCUUUACUGUGUAAAUUUGCAGAUGGAGGGCAAAAGAAGAGGCAGAACCCGAGUAAAUAUACACAGAAUGGAAGACCGUGGCCAAGAGAAGGAGAUGCUGGAAUGGCUCUGACAUAUGACCCAGCAGCAGCUAUGCAGAACGGAUUUUAUUCUUCCCCAUAUAAUAUUGCCACAAAUCGUAUGAUUCCACAGACAUCUAUCACACCAUUUAUUGCUGCUUCCCCUGUCUCUACAUACCAGGUCCAGAGUACAUCCUGGAUGCCUCACCCACCAUAUGUUAUGCAACCAACAGGUGCUGUUAUAACACCGGCAAUGGAUCACACCAUGUCAAUUCAGCCUGCAAAUAUGAUGGGCCCUUUAACCCAACAAAUGAACCACCUCUCUUUGGGAACAACUGGGACAUAUAUGACUGCUGCUGCACCUAUGCAAGGGACAUUCAUCCCCCAGUAUACUCCUGUGCCUCCAACAGCUGUACAAGUUGAAGGUGUUGUUGCUGAUAACUCCCCUCAGACAGUACCAUCCUCACAGGAAGCAAGCGGACAACAGCAACAGAUGACUGUAGAGACAAACAAUGAACAUGCAUCUGCAUACUCCUACCAACAGUCAAAACAAUAAAUUGAACUAAGAAUGUUGGUCUGAAAACUUUGCCUUGAAUGAAGAAACUUCAUCCAUCAUGAAGUUGGCUUCCACUUUGCACAGGCAUUAAAUAAAAGCUUCUUUUUUUUCCUCCCCUUCCAUUUUCUACCUUGCUCAACAAAACCGUUUUUAUGUGCUGUGCAAAAAAUAAUUUAGUUAUGUAGUCUGACAAUUUUAUUUUUGCUACUUUUUUAAGUCAUGAGAAAGCCCGAGGAAACAGUGUGCUGUUAACAUUUCAUUGGGAAGAACAUUUAAAUUCCAUGGCAUCUGGAGAUGUAGAUAUGAUAGACUUUCAAAGCAGCGAAACCGAUGUCAAGAGGGAGCAAGAACAGACUAAAACAUAACUGUCUUCCUCUAUAAGCUAUUUUUUGAUUUGUUUAUAUUGACAUUUUUUUCCCACAGGAAUGAAUAUGUAAGGUUUAUCUUGAAUAUUAAUUGCCUUAAUUUUAAGGAUGUCUGAGGAUUCCUGAGCAAGUGGUCAGCAUCUUAAGGCAUAUUUGAUAGGGCGUUUUUUUUGUACCUGUGAUUCGGUACAUAGGUUAGUAUGGGGUUUAUUGGUAUGAAAGACUGGUGUACAGUUUAAGAUGAAAAUCCUUCCUUCAUUGGAUAAAGACCUUUGUUGAUAAAGAACCAACGUCGGCGAGAAUUUGACCAAUCCGGGGACUUCAAUGAACUUAAUCGACAGUGUUAAUACAAAUAAAUAUCAAUGGCUGUAGCUUUUUGCAGUGAACUGAAAUCACAGAACAAGAGAUUACACUGCAUUGGGAGAAAUGCAGCUCUCUUUUUUGUUAGAUGCUCUCUCUUUUUUUGCUUUUUGUUUUUAUUUUUUUAUGUUGCUGAGCGUGGUCACUAGAAAAGAUAUUAGUGCUUUUUAUCCGCAAUCUUUUUUAUGAGCUUAAAGAACUUUUUAGUAUGCUAUGCUUGUCAUUUUGCGAAAAAAAAGUAGCUUAGUAGCAUUGAAAAUGUAGGAUGUAUAUGGUUAAAAAAAAAAGUGCAAAAAAAAAAAAGCAAUAGAUAGAAGAAAUUGUUGACAAUUUCUAUAGUCUUUCCUAGUUGUGAUCAAAUGCAGCCUAUGGAUGGCCUAUUUUAUACCAAAGAUGACGUGACACCCUAACGCAGUUCUGAAGAUAGAGGUUUUUUUUAAUCUUUAUUUGACCUACAUGGCCGGACCAGUUUUUACUUUUAUCUUUGUUUAAACUAUCUUCCACUGGUAUUCUACGUAGUACCUUUGUUUGUACAGACAUUUAAUGAUGAGUUGGUUAUCUCACUGUGUUUGAGCAGUUGCCGCAUAAGGUUAAAAACAAACAAAAAGCCAACUAUUAGAAAUGUAUGGCACCUACAGAUCCUGUUUUUUAUGGCAUAACCUGAUCUUUUGUACAGUUAUGAGUCUUCCUUUUUUUCAAACCUGACCUGUUGAAAGUUCAUUUUUAGAUUUUAAAUGUUAUCUACCAUUUGUUUUUUAGUAUCCCCAUGAAUUUAAAAAUAUGUUGUAGGAUAAUUUCAUUCAGGGGACUGCCAGGUCUGUCAGAGUAUUCAUGGAAAAGUUUCUACUAUACCAACUGUCAGUUUUUGGCUCCAGAAGAAAUGACAGGCUAUGAAGCUUUUCUGUUGCAGGCUAUGGAAAUGAUCUGCCUGACAGCAAUACAGGUGAGACGUGCUACUGCGACUAACUGCAAGUGAGAAAGCAGUCAAUACUGUUUCAGUGCAAUGUUGUUGUAAUGAGACAUCUCCCAGAACCUCUAUGGCUUUACUGUGCCGGGAGAAAGCCAUAGAAGGCAGGACUUUCCUAUAAAAAAUUGCCAAUCAUAGACCACUCCUAAUAUAUCAAUUGAUAAACUAAUUACUAAAAUGAAUGUAUACUUUGGGGUUCUAUAACAUCUUAAAUAGAUCUACGCCCAACGCCAUUUUAUCACCCAUAUGUCCAUUGAUCUAAUAGGCCACUCUUGGCCUUAAUCGAUCUUGAGCAACAUGAGAAUUUGCCUUUUACUUUUUAGCAGAAUCUACCAUUUGGGAGUUCUAGAAGAUGGUAUGAAGUUAAGCCUUCAUAUUAGUAUUUUUAAUUUAAUGCCACUGGGUGUUGGGAUCUCUAGAGCCCAUGUCGUAUACAGUAAACAGGAUCCAGUAACAAUAGAUCAAUACUAUCCUGCCUUACACAUUUUAAAAGUAUUUUUUAAAUGCUCUGUAGGGUGUUUUACACAUCAAAUACAAGAAGAAUUGGUUUUGGUUAUUGCAUAGAAAGAAAAAAAUAAUUUAAACUAAAAAGUAAAUAAGUAAAUAUGCCUUUCCACAAACUGUAUGCAUAUUGUACUUAUCUGUUUCUUCAUUUAUUUUUAUUUUUUUUUAUUUCUAUUCCAUUUCAGUUGUAAUAAUGUGCCUAUAAAUGGGAUUUCUGACUUGUGGCUCAACAGCUCAUCCAGAACCGGAGCACAUUCAAUUUAGACUUCUGGCACCUGCUAUCUGAACUUUUUUCCUAUUGAAAUAAAUAGCGUAGGUCGUAUGAUCCAGAUGUCAAGUUAAGCGGUGCUCCAUCUGUAGCUGACAAGACACAAGCCAGUUAUCCUUGGCCUAAGUAUUAGGAUACAGUGCUGGCAGCUCUUGUCUUUAUAUCAUAUAAAUGCAUUUGAAAAAAAAAAUGUUACAUGGAAAUAUGUUUAAUAUAAAAAAAGACAGUUUUCUUUUAAAAAUUUCAUUUUAAAGCCUCAAAUCUUAUCGACAUUUAUGUUAUUGUGGUAGCUACCAUGUGGCAGAUGAAAAGAAACAGAGGAGACUUCUAAUUUCGAUUGAAAUAACUGCUGCUAUUUUUACUUGUGUAAACAUCUAUCCAUUUUAAGCUGCUAUCUUAUAAGAGUCUCUAUUCUGAAAGUUUUCUCAUGCCUGGGGCAUAUGUUUUUUUUUUAAUUUUCUCUGAAACUUUGUUGUGUGUUAGAGAAUAGUGUCCUAGUCUAAAUGGUCUUUGUCAGAGCUACCCCACCCUCUACCUUCUCUAACACUAGAUAUGAUGUGUUACAAUUUACAAUGUACCGUCGCCAAAAAAAGCAGGUUAAAGGUGUUUCUCUGUCCUUCAUAUUCCUCCUGAAAUCUGGACAUCACAGUGUGUUGAAACUGUUGGUCAUACUGUCCUUAUCGAAUCGAAGUUACCCUCAGAAAAUAAAAAAAAAAAAGAGAUCCAAGUGUUUUUUCCAUUAGGAAAAAGAAAACCAUGAAUAUAAAUCUGUAUAUAAUUUAGUUUGAUAUUGCAUCUAUAAUUUCAAACAGGGUAAUUCAGAGCAAAAACAAAAAACUGUCAGGUCACAUUGAUUUAAAUGAACUGUAAACAGCCAAACCCAUGUGAAAUACCACACAGUGUGUACAAAGCAGGGCUGUGUUCAUGUCAGAAAUAGUGCGUCUGAUCUGUCGCUAAAUCUUUUUGUUGACUGUUCACCUCAAACGUUCUAUUUACAACUCUGCUAGUUGAAGAGACUGGGAAUGAGACUCAGCAGCUUAGAACGCUAACACAUUGAACCUCUCUGGAUCUGCUCCUUUGGACAUCAAAAUUGAAUAUGUUCUCUAUUCCCUUUUCUUGUACAUUUGAAUUGUUGUACCCAUGGGGGUUGCAGGAGGCAGUUUGAAAGCUCUCUAACAAAUAAACAUUUUUCUGUCU